GAGCGUAUAUAUAAGGAAGAGAAAGUUUGACUUGAAACACGAAGUAACAAAGUUUGAAACGUUAUAACAGUUAACGAGAGAAUUAAAGAGACUUGGUAUAUAAUCAUGAAUCAAUCCAUUUUGUGUUUUCUUGGUCUGGCUACCAUUGUGGUUUUGUGUGGUAAGAACGCAUUUGUUUACGAGUGAAUCGAUGUAGUCAACUAUAAUGCGGUCAAAAUAAAAAAAGUUUCGUGAUGAGUUUUUCAAGAAACAUUUGAGUAAUUUAAUCCGGCAUUUGUUUAAGAUUUCUUGAGAAGCAAUUUCUGCACUUGGUUGUAUCAGUUUAUUGAAAUGGUAAAUAAUCAAAUUUCCUGUCUGCUUUACAUUUUAGCUUCCGAGCCGAUGGAAAGGAGUUUCAGUCAGAACUACCCAGACGCUGAUAAGGGUCAAAAACCCAAAAAAUUCUGUUUUGAAGUGUGUAGAAAAACAAAGACAUCUGAAAUGACAUUAGACUGUGUUGAAGAUGAAAUUGCCGUUCGAUGUGAAUCAGAAGGAUUUCAUGGAUCUGCGGCAAAUAAAGCUGUUGAUGGGAAAGGUUGUGUGGUCGACAACAGUGAUUUUCCCAACGAUGGCUGGCCUGGAACCCUCUCGGCGGUUUGUUGUGAUAAAGACGCUAUUCACUUUGUUUAAAUGAAUACUCGACUACCACGGACUUGCAUGCAUACACUGGAUGAUAUCUAUACUUAUCUAUUAGUUUACGAUAAUGAUUUGUUGGAAAUAUAUAUAUAUAAUCACAAUAAAACUUUCAUUUGUUAAUCCAAUGAAAUUAGUGUUUCUUUCUGACCGUAAAACUUCCGGAAGCAUCAUUGGAGUUGAUUCAAUAGUUACACUCUUUUCAUACACACGCUAUCUAAUUUUGAAAUGGAAAUAUAGCCUGGA